GAAGCAGAUUUAAAGGAAAAUAUUCGGCUGCAAGUGGAGAUAUUUCGCUUCAGAUAGCUACACAGAGAGGAGAGAGACAGCUCGCCGGCCAUGCAGCACUACGGCGUGAACGGCUACUCUCUGCACGCCAUGAACUCACUGAGCGCCAUGUACAACCUCCACCAGCAGGCGGCGCAACAGGCCCAGCACGCCCCUGACUACAGGCCCUCAGUACAUGCCCUCACUCUUGCAGAGAGACUGGCUGACAUUAUCCUUGAGGCCCGGUAUGGCUCCCAGCACCGAAAGCAGCGGCGCAGUCGGACGGCCUUCACCGCCCAGCAGCUGGAAGCUCUGGAGAAAACUUUCCAGAAGACACACUACCCUGAUGUGGUGAUGCGGGAACGUCUGGCCAUGUGCACCAACCUGCCUGAGGCUCGCGUUCAGGUCUGGUUCAAGAACCGCAGAGCCAAGUUUCGCAAGAAGCAGCGCAGCUUGCAGAAGGAGCAGCUCCAGAAACAGAAGGAGGCAUCUGGAGCCGCAGAGGGCUCUACAGAGGACUCCAAGACUGACCUCAACUCCACCACCACUACCACCCUGGUUCCUGACGCCCGCACUCCUCCCCCUCCUUCCUCCUCUUCAUCCUGUCACUCAGAGACAGAGAGGCUGGGAGCCGCACGGCCGCAGCCCGGAGAGAUGAGCGUGGAAGUCAACGUCACCUCCCCUGAGCCAUCGGACAGCGAGUCAGCAGCUGAAGAUAAUGCUGACAGAGAAGAGGACGAAAUGAGGGGGGAGGCAAGGGUGAAGAUCAGGGAGGAGACGCAGGGGGAGGGAGGCGCACUGCCGGGAAGAAGCUCCCCAUCCUGCAAACAGCUGAGCCCCACAUCAGACUCUCCCCUAAGCUCUCCCACCUUGCCGUCCUCCAGCAGCGUGACCAGCGGUUUGGCGCAGAGCAACUCCUACGCCUCGUCUCCCCUCAGCCUCUUCCGGCUGCAGGAGCAGUUUCGGCAGCACAUGGCCGCCACCAACAACCUGGUGCACUACCCGUCUUUUGACAUGAGCACGCCGUCAUCUCUGCCCUACCUGGGCAUGAACGUCAACAUGCCGUCCCCCCUGAGCUCCCUGCCCUGCCAGUCCUACUACCAGACCCUGUCGCCCCAGCAGGUGUGGAACAGUCCGCUGCUGCAGGCGGCACCAGGCAGCCUCCCUGGAAGCCUCAACAGCAAGACCACCAGCAUCGAGAACCUCCGUCUGAGGGCCAAGCAGCAUGCAGCCUCACUGGGAUUGGACACGCUUCCCAACUGAAGCUCGGGCUGCUCGGUCAAAGCGUUCGCCCUCUAGUCAGGGCCGUAACAUAUUAUGGGUUCUGUUCACACAAGGUGACUCUAGGCCCCUCUUCACUUUCAUUGACCUCUCACCACUGUCACCAACUAUGUGAAUCUGUUCAA